CCCUCGGGGUUAGGAGUGGGGGAGCGCGGUGUAGGCAAGUACAGUAUCCCAGUACUGAAGUAGUGUAUUAAAAAGCGUUAGAUCUCCUCUUUACGGCACUCGUUUCCACGCGUUGCUUAAUCAACAGAACGCACUUAGGAAGAUACAGGUUACAAUUGCGUCACAGUCAGCUGGAGCUUUAAAAACCCAGCGUGAGACAUCCACGGACGGCAGUUUCGACCCGGACUUCUGUGGCGCGUGGAAGGUGCAGGAAGGGUUCGGGACGCGGCGCGCGGGAUCUUCGUUCACGGCGCGGCCCAUCCUCACCGCUUGUAGUCUGAAUCCGCUCUGCGGCCUCCAUCCAGGGAACUGAGUCCCCGCCUCUGAGAGCCAAGAUGCCGGCUCACAUGCUGCAGGAGGUCUCAGGCUCCUACACGACCACCACCACCAUCACAGCACCUCCCUCUGGCGGUCUGCAGAAUGGAGGCGAGAAGGUGGAGAAAAUGUCCCUCUAUUCAGGGGAAGACAUCCGCCCUGAAUUGAAAGAUGACAUUCGAGACCCCAACUACGAGGACGAGGAGGGUCCUAUACCCAAGCUGGAGUAUGUCUGGAGAAACAUCAUCCUGAUGGGUCUGCUGCACGUGGGAGCCUUGUAUGGGAUAGCAUUGGUUCCCUCCUGCAAGUUUUAUACCUGGCUGUGGGCAUUCGGGUACUAUAUAGUAAGUGGACUGGGCAUCACAGCAGGAGCUCAUCGCCUGUGGAGCCACCGAACUUAUAAAGCAAGGCUGCCCCUGAAGAUCUUCUUGGUCAUUGCCAACACGAUGGCAUUCCAGAAUGAUGUUUAUGAAUGGGCCCGAGACCAUCGUGCCCAUCACAAGUUCUCAGAAACUCAUGCUGACCCUCACAAUUCCCGACGUGGCUUUUUCUUCUCUCAUGUGGGUUGGCUCCUUGUGCGCAAACACCCAGCCGUCAAAGAGAAGGGUGGUUUGCUGGACAUGUCUGAUCUAAAAGCUGAGAAACUGCUGAUGUUCCAGAGGAGGUAUUACAUACCCGGUCUUCUGUUGCUGUGUUUCAUCUUUCCCACACUGGUGCCCUGGUAUUGUUGGGGUGAAACUUUUCUAAACAGCUUGUGUGUCGCCACCUUCCUGAGAUACGCCUUGGUGCUCAACGCCACCUGGCUGGUGAACAGUGCUGCCCACCUGUAUGGAUAUCGCCCCUAUGACAAGAAUAUUAACUCUCGGGAGAACAUCUUGGUUUCGUUAGGAGCUGUGGGUGAAGGCUUCCACAACUACCACCACUCCUUCCCCUAUGACUACUCUGCCAGUGAGUACCGCUGGCACAUCAACUUUACCACUUUCUUCAUUGAUUGCAUGGCUGCCCUUGGUCUGGCUUAUGACCGGAAGAAAGUAUCCAAGGCUGCUGUCUUGGCCAAGGUUAAAAGAACUGGAGACGGAAGCUACAAGAGUGGUUGAGUGUUGAAUCAUCUAGGUUCUUUCAAAAGCCAGCUGGGUACAUGCUUAAUGUUGUGUCAAUUAACUACUGAGUAAUGCUUUCUGGGUGGUAUAGGUGAUGACCUUAACCUACCAGUACAGUAUUCUUGUAAAAUGCACAAGUAUUGAAAGAUAAUAACUCUGUACUACUUAGCUGAUAGACUUUCCUUCUCUCUCUUCCACUCUAAAUUUUUUUUUUUGCUUUGUUGCUUAUUAUCUUCCUUUUUACCCUCACUGCCUCCCAUGCAAGCAGUUGGUUCACCCAUAAAUUGGUAUCCACCUUCCAAAGCCUGCCAAUCUUUCUAGAGUUUAAAAGUAAAGCUAUUUAGUGUAGAUGACUCUUUUUCUUUGAUAUAUCCUGAACUUCAAGAUAGUUGCUUCAUGCUAGACAUUCAAUGAAUCUGCUGCAGAGUUCCUAUUUACUGUUAUUAUCCCAUCCAUUGCUAGAUGAAACUGAGAUUAACUGAAAAUAAUCUGUCUCUCAGGAGGGAGCUUAUAAAAUUGAUAAAAAUCAUCAUGUAAGAUAGUUAUGCGGGAUAAUAAGUAAGGUUGGGAGUUGAGUUGGGAAACUGGACAAAGGUAAUUUGUUGCAGUCAGUCCAUGUUGCUUAUUUAGCAAGAUAUGGAGCUCCUCCUCACAACUUUCUUCCUUUCUUUUCUGACUGGAUAGGGAAUGGUUAUGGAGCCUGGUGACCCUAGAAUACAACAGCAUAGCUCAGUGUCUUCAUAUAGGCCACUGGACAACAAAGGAGGAUCAUUUACUAAGUAGGGAAAGUGAUUUCUACUGGGGAAAGCUGAUGUUUUUCUUUAAUAAAAAGUGAAUUUCUUAUUUCAUGGAAUAAGAAGUCUUCAAUUUGGGUGUGUCUAGAAUUGUUGUGUAUAGAGCUCAUAGUUUGAGGAUUUUGUGAGUUGCUUAUCCAAUUCUGUCAUACUUUUCCAUGCAAUUCACAGGAUAUUUAAAGUAAUAGGAUGGUUGUGGCAUUUUCAUACAUUUAAUCAUGGAAAGAUUUUAGGAGGUGAACUUGGAAGUUAAGAAUACAGACAUAUAUAUCUUCAUUGGAACACAAAACUAUUUACGUUGCUGCCCUCUGAAAAAGAAAGGUUAAAGAAACAUGAAGGGGAGGAAACAUUCCUCUUUCCGGGUAUCUGUUUCUCCUGGUAACUGGGCAGAAGAUGGACAAGUUGAGGAGAAUUAUCUAUAGCCAAUCCCAAGGUAAUUUUUCCAAAAUGAUUGCUCUGAGAAUGUAGUGCCAAGGGGAUUCAGAGGUUAUUGAAUAAGCUAUUGGGUCUUCCAGGGAAAUGAGUUAGCUAUUAGAUCUUUUCAUUCCAAUUUUUCCUUUUGUUGAGUAAAAAUUAUGCUUCUCCCUACAGCGGCUUGACCUUUUCCUCAUUUUUUGCUUCGUCAUAUCCAGCUUACAUGCAGGACUGCCUGAGUGAUGGGGUAGGACUCUUAAACAACCCUGAUUCUUGAUUCCUGGCUCUAUCCCAUCUGUCCCUGAUCUCUUUACUGGUUCUCUCUGUUCUCUGAUGUUUUCUUUUUUCUCUAGAUAGGCAACUUCCUCUGUGUAUCCAGGGUAGUGAGGAUUUGCUGUCCAGGCAGCUCCUUCUCCUACAGUCAAAAUGCUAAUUGCCUCUGAACUGCCAAGUCCUUUUAGCAAUGGCCUGACUAUCCCUUUGUGUGGUCUCCAGAUCUGCAUCUCCACACCUGGGGCCACUGUCACACUGAUAACUCAAGAAGUUUUGCAAACCUGCUAGAGAAAUCCUGAGCUCAAAGAGACUAUCUUUCUUUCCAGUCAUGGCCAAGCCAAAUGCACGUAAUUGUGCUAAUGAAUCAGCCACAGAAGAAAGCAAGGUUUGUUGUUAGUUUCUCUGUCUGGGUCAGAGCAGAGAACAUGCUCAGAGCCCCUUUUGUGUUUAGUAAAGCUAUUCAGGCAAAUAAGUGUUCCCAGAUGACAGUGCAAUGAUUUUAGGAGGAUGAUGAAGGGAAAGCCUAGUUAGUCCCUUAUGAAGUACAAAAAGCAAGAGCAAGUUCUCAAGUGUCUCACAUUAAAAAGAGUCCCCAAACCCAAACUAAGUGUGGUGACACAUAAUCCAUGGUAGUCAGUAAGAUAAAAUAAAACUGAAAACUAUAGAACGUUAGUAAUUAAUGUCUUAAAGAUCAUAGGCUUCUCUUGUCCCUUUAACUUGGGCAUUAAUGCAGAAGCCCAUCUCUGCUGUAUCAGGAGUAGCAAUGCUCAGUACCAAAUCCAUGUUUACUGUUCUGUCCCAGUGGUUGGCAAACAGGCCCUUUCUUUAUGUGUUAAUUGAAUAGUGGUUCUAGGGACCAGCCUGCAUGAACACUGCCUUGUCUUUGAACUGUUCAGAAAAGAACAUCUGUAGAAGAUAUUCAGAAAAGAAGAUCACUGUAGAUGACAUCAGUCCAGGGUGCCGAUCCCUUGGAAAGGCCUGUUACAUAGUUUUAAUUCUACAGGUCAUCCACUACCUGCUUAAUAAUUCAUGAAAAAUAAAUUCAACUUUCUGUUCUUACUGAAUCCUACUCCAUGGAUCUGAUCCAUGCUAUUUCCCUAUAAAAAGCUCAGCAUAUACCUCAGACUGAGAGCCCUAGGGAAUAUGUUGUUUUGUACUUAAGGGCUUGUUAGAUCUGUAAAAAACUGUGUUCAAGAUUCUAAAGCUUAAUUCAAGUGACAUAUUAAUAAAAAACUCAGAUCUGACCAAGAAUGAGUUUCUAAAGGCCUUGUUUUGUGGGCUGCUAACAAUUUAUUUGAGUGCCUUACCUCUUAAUCUAAUCUGUGUUGACUGUGAGUCUUCCUUCACUGCCUCUGUGAAGUCCCUUAACACCUUUGAACCUCUGGCAGUGGCAGGUAUAAAAAGUGGCCUGGCUUGAGAAUGACGAGUACUUCAAUUUGCAGGAUUCAGUUAUGGGCUUAAUGUUGGAAACUUUUCUUAGGGCUGUUUUUAUUAAGUGCUCACAUUUGAAGGAGGGUGGAGAUAACUUGAACGUAUUUGACUUAUAAUAUUUUUUGGAUUAAAAGAUGAUUGUAACAUUUAAAAUGGAAGUGUUCCUCCAAGGUUAGCUAUUAUCUUGCAUAUUUUCUUUGGAUAGCUGAAGUAGAUCAAUAUGACAAGUUAAGAAAAGUACAGUUGCUUUGGUGAAAGCUAGGGCCAUCUACCACUAUGCAGCUGGCUUCCUAUGUAACUCUCAUUUUAUAACAGACCCAUUCUAACAAUAGUGAAUCCACUCUCAAGAUGACAUUAGUUAAUGAUGGUAGAGCCCUGCUGACCUAAUCACCUCUUAAUAGUCCCAACUCUCAAUAAUUCUGCAUUGGAGAUAUGGGACACAUUCAAACCAUAGCACUGGAGACAUCAAUUAUAAUGUGCCUCAUUAUUCCUUCUGUUUAAAUGAGGUAACAGUGCUGACCUACCUCAAUGGGCAGGUUUCAGGUGGGACUAAUGCUUUUAAUAAAGUCUUUUAAAAUACUCACCAGGGGAAUUUCAAGUCCUAUGUAUUUUUAUUACAGCAGUGUCCACUAUGGACUUAGCAUGUACCUAAGUGCUGAAUGGCAUAACUAUUGUAUACUCUUGAGAUUAAUCAAUGCAUUUGAUGAGUGUUGGAUAACUAUAGCCAGACAAAAUUUGAGAAUGCAUAUUGUUGCUACGAAAACAUGCAGGAUACCUUUUCCUUCCUUGGGUGGCAUUUUUCCUUUUUAUGACAUAUUACUUAUUUGUAAUCUGAGAAUAAUUUUGUAAUAAUUUCUGUUAAUAAUCAAUUCUGAAGCUAUUUCUACUGACUUGCGAUGUGCUUGUUCAUAAUAAAAGUUAAUAAUCUGA